AUGUUCAACAUUGGGAAUUUGAACGAAAAGCAACGAAUCUCUGAGAUGGAUUGUCAUAAAGACAUUGUUGUGGAUUUGUUUGCUGGUAUUGGUUACUUCACGAUGGCAUAUUUGAUGAAAGCAAACGCAAAGCACGUCUACGCUAUCGACUGGAAUGAGGAUGCUACCGAGGCUCUUCAGAGGACACUAAUAAAAAACGAAAUGACUGAACGAUGUACUGUAAUAUGUGGAGAUUCCAGAAGGGUAGCUCCUCAUGGAGUGGCAGAUCGUGUCAAUAUGGGGCUGGUCCCAUCGGCACGUCCAUACUGGCUUACCGGUUGUCGUUGUUUGAGUCCUAAUGGUGGCAUUCUUCAUAUUCAUGAGGCUGUGAAGCUGAUGCUUGAGAAUGGAAAUGGAGUGAAUCAGGGCGAUAACAGGAAACCAACGCAUCAAUUGAGAAGAAUACACAAAUCUGGAAGCACCUUAAGCAGAAAUGAAAGUCUUGGAUCAGUCAGCGAAGAGUCCGAAAUGAGUGAUCGUAUUGAUUACGACAAGAAGAAUCAUUUGGAUUGUAACGGUAAUUUUGUUACGUGCUUGACUGGAAAGCAAAUGACAGAUGUGAACGGUGAAGCUGUUGAACGAAAACAUUCAGGUUUGAAUUUUAUUUUUCACUGA